AUGAUGUUACCGAGUACGUUGCUCAUUAUUGGUUUAUUCCAACAAUAUCAUUGUGUUAUUGCCAAUGAAAAACAUGAAGAAUUUGGUUCACGAUUCCAACAAGCAAUUAAAGAUGCGAUUACCAAAAUUGAUCAAGUUGCUUCGAAUUGUCCAUUGGGAAGUUUUUUCUACAAUGGCUCAUGUUACUUUUACUUACCACCAAAACAGAUGAACAACUUGAAAGGAAUACGAUAUGAUGACGUAUCGGCCACCGAGGCUGCUUCUCGUUGUCGUUUAUUACGAGCUAAACUUUGGGAUAUCGACACUCUCGCUGAAUUUACUUAUGUUCUCGAUCGAAUUUACAAUCAAACGCCAUCAUUUGAUAGUCCACGUGUUGCCGUGAAUUUCACCCAAGGUCGCCGCUUAUUAAAACUAAGACCAAGAACUUCGGAUCAUCAAUAUUUAUAUUUGACUAAUACGAAUGAAUACUCAUUAACAUACAAACCAUCAUUUGAUUUGCCCGUGAAAAAUCUUUCUUUGGUUAUUGAUAUCAGCAAAGCAACAAAACGAAUAUCCUUAGAGGAGAAAUUUCGUCUCGAACGACGUAGCGAUCAUUUCAUAUGCAAAAUGAAAAUCAAUAGUUGUUACAAUAAUACUCGAUGUGGUCCACAUGGAACAUGUCAAAAUUUAGUCAUGAAAUACAAAUGUAUUUGCAAUUUUAUGUAUACUGGCGAAUAUUGUGAGAAAUUGAGCAGUCGAGGUGUUCAAUCAAUACUUGGCCUGAUUCUUAUCUGUUUAGCAUGUUUAUUUUUAAUAUUAUUCCCACUAUUUCAUUUAUUGUAUCAAAUGAAAGAUAAAAGAAAAAUGGAGACAAGAAGUUCUUCUCGUCUUGCACGAGAAAAUUUCUAUUCAAUUCCAAACUUAUCAUCUGAUCAAUUGCUCCGUCGAGAUGAUCUAACAACAUCGUCUCCACAUAUUAUUGUUAACCUUCGUCGUUCCUCAAUUCAUUCUUUGUCUUCGUCAUCAUCAUCAUCCGGCAUCGUGUUUCGUCACAAAUCUUGGUAUUAUCUCAGUCGAUUGUUAAUCUGUUUGAUCACAAUUUUCUUCGCUACAUUUUGUUGUUACACAAUCUAUGAAUUUAAACUUGAAAAUUUGAAAACAACCAAUGGUACAUCUGCGCAAUCGCCGUCGAAGAUCUGUCGACUGUUUCAAAUCAAUUUUAAUCUAUAUUACAAGAUUCCUGUGAAUUAUGUUUCAUUGAGUAUUCUUUGUCUUCUAAUCGUUAUUUUAAUUGUUUUUGAAAAUGUGACGAAGAAAAAAUUCCGAUCAUUUUGCUCGCAAUUCUCCAUGCCUAUGAUCUUCAAUUCUCACUCACAUAUUCAUCGAUUUGAAUCCGCUGCUGUGUUUGGUAUCAUUGCCUUGGAAAUUCUCCAUAUCUUCGAUGAGUUCAUCAUCAAUGGAACAAAACAUUUUCAAAACGGUCCGCUACUCGAUUUAAUUUUGCAAUUUGGUAUUGGAUUGAUGUUAGGCUUACGAUACUUUCCAAUCUUAGCGAUAUUCGAACAGGAAAAUACGUAUGAAAACCGUCUAGCGAACAUUAUUUGUUAUGGUUUAGCGUCAAUCUAUUUGUAUUGCGAGAUUAUAUUCAAAUUACAAUCGGAUAUCAACUGUCGACUGGAUGAAACGAAGAAAUCGAUGAUUAAAGAGAUCUUGACGAAAUUCCAUCAAAUGGGAAUCAAUUUCAUCGAUUAUUUAGGGACAAAUCGAACAAGUCAACUGAAUGGCACGUAUCAGAAUACUCAGGUUUGGUUGAAUCAUCAAAUCGAGCAAAAUUUAAUUAACUCAACUUAUGAUGAUCAAAGUGAAAUUGAAAACGAUCUGAAUCGUUUAAACUAUGUUCUGGAAUUGAAUCGACAAAGUAUCGUCUAUAACACAUUAAGAUAUGCACCAUAUUAUUACUUUAUUGUCUUCUUGGCUGUUCGAUUAACUGUGAUGUUUUUGAACACAUUUCGAAAUACCAUUCAGCAUAAGAAUUCGUUAUACAAAUCAUCUCCGCGUUGGAAAUAUGUCAGAUAUAAUCUCUUAAAAUCAUCCGCAAAUCAAAUAUCGACCAAUCCUAAUGACUAUUCACAUCUAUUUCGCUUUCUCAAUUAUUUAAUUCAUUUCUUCAAGAAAAACAUCUAUUCAAUUCGUCCAUAUUUUCGUUAUUCGAAACUGAUUGUUUGCAUCUAUACAAGUGCAUUAACAUUGAUAUAUUAUUUUACAUUUUGGAUCCAAGAUCACACAUAUGUUCUAACUAAAAAAUUACUCUUAUUUCUCAAUUUAAUUCUCUGUGCUUUAGCUGAUUUAUCCAAAGAUUUGUGUUACAAUCUGAAUCUGAAUCACAUCAAUCGUGACAUCAAGUAUAUUUGUCUUUUAACCGCGUUUAUCACUUCUAUACAGUUGUUCUUCGGUUUGAAACAUUAUCAAACGCAAAUGUGUAAUGCAUAUCGAGGAAUAUUCCAUGAUAUUCCAACAGCGAAACAGAUUUCAUCGAUUACUAUUGUUAGUAAAUCAAUGCAUUAUCCAGGACGUUUCAUGGGUUCGUUAGUUUAUAGUUAUGGUUUUCUGUUUUUAUGUGUUGCGAUUUUUUAUAUUUUAUCUCGUUAUGUUGUUUACUCACUAAUUGUUUUAGAAAUUGUCGCGAAACUUUUUCUUCCGAUGUUGAUAUUUUUAUUAUUUCAAUUAUUAUUUGUUCGUCUUCUAUGUAAAUUACUAUUUGUAGAGAAAUCUCAUUUUCUUGCCUUGCGCAAUCUUCGAUUAUACUAUACAUUUUCCUAUUUCAGUUUCUUUUUCGACUGUUUCCUCGGUUUUCUCAUGUGUUUGACACGUAUAACGAAAGCUUUUGUAUGUUCAGUGAUAUUUUUCGCACGAUUGGAUUACUCACCAUAUGGCCGAGGCUUGGAAAUGUACGAUUCAUCGUAUGCAUCAUAUGUUAGCUUCUUCCAUAUCGAAAAGAAUCAACGGCAUCCUGUUUUGAACGUUUUUAUUGAUAUCAUUCGACAACGGUUGAUUGAUAUACGAAAAUUGAAGUCUAAAUUAACAAUUGAGAAGAUUCCUCGCACAUACGAACAAGACAAAUUCACUCAAAUUCAACGUUUUCGUUGGGCAUUGGCUUAUACAUUAAUUCGAAAUGAACAUCUGAGACGUUAUCGAAAACAUCGAUUACCAUCUCACAAGAUUCCUCAAUCGAAAACAUUGGAAAAGAUCUUCGAUAAAAUUGGCUUAACACAAACCUUAACAAGGAAAUAUUAG